AUGGCAACAAAGGGACAAAGAGAGAGUGCAUUUGUUAAUACCGACAGCUAAUUAGUCACUGAAUAUUGUUUAUGUAUUUUAUAUUAUUCUAUAUACGGUAAAAGCUUGGAGUCGGUCAGCUGCUGCCAAAUGAGUCGUACGCAGCAUCGAAUGCGCAUCCGCUGCGUUCUGAUAACGCGUGACUCAGCACGCGACCACGGCGGUGGGGUCUCCGAAGCGCUGAUCUGGCUUAUUAUUGGUCGGGUCAUUCAUACAGCGGAUUCUAAUCGCAUGCUCAGCGGAUUUUCAUUGAAGCGGAUGUUAUUAGAUGUGUGGUCAACAUUCGCUGUCAGUCGCUACCAGGUCGCGCUCAAGGAAGGUCGCGCCGAACUCGCACCUCGACACUCGACGCCAGUUCUGUAAACAACGCCGGCUCACCCGUACACAAUUAGUGAUAAAAACCUAAACACCACCCGGAAACGAUGCGACUCGUCGCCGGCUGAAUGUUUGCUGUGAUUAUCGAAUUGAACCAAAUAUUCUGGAGCAUCUCAAGCGAGCAGUGGUAGUGAUAACAAUUGGAGGAGAGUCGAUUUAAUUGGUGUAUGUUGUGUCACCUGCUGGUAAAUAAUAGGCUUUAUCGUGUAUUAUCGGUUGAACCUCGCUGAGCUGUUUAGUCAGUAGUCGAUAACGUUCGAAAUCGUGUGCGCGUGUUGGAAGAUGCCAGUGCUUGGCUACGAGAGCAUGGCGAGCCAGGACCUCUGCCUGCUGGGCUACGGCGCCGAGUACAUGAUGCCGACGGCGCCCGCGCCGGCCUCGUGGGACAAAGCACCAGAAAACGCAUACUCCGGAUACGCCUGCAGAAACAACAUGGAAACCCCUCCGAAUUUCAACAUGAAAUACAGUGAAGAUAGUGAUAUACAACUCGAGACGAGUAGUAGUGAAGCGAGCGCGGCUAGUUCUACCCCGCUCUCACAACACUGCGCCAUCUGUGGUGAUCGAGCGACAGGCAAGCACUAUGGCGCGUCAUCGUGCGACGGAUGCAAGGGCUUCUUCAGGAGGAGCGUCAGAAAGAACCACCUAUACACGUGCAGAUUCAGCAGAAAUUGUGUGGUGGACAAAGACAAAAGAAAUCAAUGCAGAUACUGUAGGUUAAGGAAAUGCUUUAAGGCUGGCAUGAAAAAAGAAGCCGUUCAGAACGAGAGAGACAGAAUCAACUGCAGAAGGCCGUCGUACGAAGAACCAACGCAAGCCAACGGGCUGUCCGUCGUGUCGCUGCUCAACGCGGAACUUCUCAGCAGAAAGGUCAUAGAUGAGACGAUAAACGUAUCAGACGCGGAACUCAGCAACCGAAAGCUAGCGAAGAUCAAUGACGUGUGCGACUCCAUCAAGCAGCAGCUACUGAUCCUGGUCGAGUGGGCCAAGUACAUCCCUGCCUUCACGGAGCUGCAUCUAGAUGACCAGGUGGCGUUGCUUCGCGCGCACGCGGGCGAGCACCUUCUGCUGGGCUGCGCGCGGCGCUCGCUGCACCUCAGCGACGUGCUGCUGCUCAGCAACAACUGCAUCAUCGCCAAGCACAACAUCGGUCAGUAGUAGUAUUCCCAGGAAAAUAGCCUAUACUUGACGCUCGGAGCAGGUAAUG